AGUAAAUGGCAUAAUUUCAGUGAAGAUGUUACCAGAAAGAGUAAAUCUUGGAAAACACUGGAAAUAGCUUGAAAGAGAGUCAAAGAAACAAAUAGAUAUGAUUGCAGCAAAAAACCCAGAGUAGAUACACCCCACAAGAAAUUCUCAAAAUACUCCACCAUAGACAAAGAUUUCAGAUUUGAAACGAGAUGGGAAAGAUUGGUUGCACCAUAGAUGGCAGCCUAGAUGACUCGAAAUACAGCGAGCCGAUGCCAUGGAUCGGUAUCUAUGUUGCAGCAGCAUCUGCAGCUUGUGCACUGGCCAUGGCGAUUGAUGUCCUUCAUGGCCUGCGCCGUAGAAAAUUAUGGUUUCCUUGCAACUUCUUCUCUCUUAACGCUACAACCUUGACGCUCCUAGCUGUUGCCACCAAGAUGUCUGUUGAUCUAAAUACAUCCAUGCCUCGCCGACAAGAUCAGCUGACAAAACUUAGCAGCACUGCUCUAAUCUGUACGGUAAUUGCUAAUUUUUUGCCUUCUUUAGGUCUCAUGGAGAAUACAGACCUGUUGAUGAACAUAAUGGCUUUGGGGAUUUUCGUCAUCACGGCCAUCGUGAACAUUGGCAUACAAUUAGCUACUGGUGUUAUCUAUGUUUUCAGCAAAGAGCAUAUAGCCCUCAUGUUUCUUAUGCUUAUUUUGCUUCUGUUGCUGAUCUCCUCAGCCUUGACAAUACCAACUACAAAAAGUUAUUUGGACCUGAAAUAUAACAAGAGGUACAAGUUAGCAAACAAAGAAUGCAACAUCAGCUAUACAUGCAAAACUCAGAAACUGAAGGACGAACUGAUGAGAUUAUGGACCAUGGCCUAUACCUCUAGCCCCCACUUUGUCGCGGGACGCUUAGCAACAUGCACUGCCUCUGGAGGUUUCUGCCUUCUGAGCACAGUAAUUUAUGCUCAAGCCAUGCUUAGGUCUUACUUUCUCCAUUCGAACUUCAGCUUUUGUAGUGGAGAAUCUGAAUACAAGUGGUCCACAAUCUUAAUUCUUGUAACUCACACAGUGGCAAUAGGAGUAGGAACUAUUGCACCAGCUUUUAGAUGGUUCAUAGCCAUAAAUUUCCAAUGCCCCAAAAAAACAAAUAAUGCCUGCAAACUCACGUUGUUCAAAGUGGAGAACUACUGGAUUCAUAUACUGCUUAAGUGGAAAGAAUGCCCGUUGGAUUUCAGAAUUUGUGGCCGGCAUGGUAGAAAAUUCGCUCAUAAGACAAAGAACAAACUUCUUGAUUUCUGCAUUUGGAUGCAAAUUCUGAUGGUGUCACUCAGUAAGGUAGUUCGGGUCAUUUCCACUUUCUCUGUGAGUUGGUUACUGAUAAGCUGUCAGAAAGCAACCAGGAUGCUGAAAUGCAAAAAUGUGGUGUCUAGUCAUGAUAUAGAAUCACAAGCUAGUCUAAAGCCAGAUCUUAGCCACUAUGUUUUACACCUCGAAGGAGAGGAAGUAUUAAUUGAUUUGAUGAUGCAAAGCAACUGUGAUGUGGUAGACAAAUGGAUAGGGAUGGGGAAAAAGGAGCAACCUAAACAUCUAAUACGAUUUUUAGAGAAAGUGAAGUCAUCACCUGGAUUCAGGGGAGUGCACGAAUUCGACCAUGCUAAAAUUCCUUCUUUAGACACGGAAGAACCUCCUAAUUGCUGGGCUCUUCCUAUAGUGACACUGACAAGCAUUGCAAUUGCACUUCCAGACAUUGAUUUCCACUUAAUCAAGGAAUUAAUAAGGAGUGUGUAUGAAGGUCUCAUGUACGUCAAACUUGUUGAAGAGAACCUGGAUAGCAGAAAAGACCUAGUAUACAUCAGGAAGGCGGCAGAGUUAGUGUGGGUAGAAGUUGACUUAUGUUACAAGUGGCUGGACAUCGAUCUCCGCAAAGCUGCCACUGAAGGACAAAAUCCAAAAGGUGUGCUUGAAGGACUCUCUGAGAAAGCAAAGCAGAGAUUCGUCGAAUUCAGAAAGAAAGAUCCAAAUGCUUGUUUAAAGGAUUCACCUUCAAAUUGGCCUACCAAUAUGUUGGCAGCAAACUGUAUGUACAGAGUAUGUCAAACUCUUCUGCAAAGUUCUGAUAGCAAAGCCUUUGAGAACAGCAAAACCAUGUUUGACAGAUUGUCAACAAUGAUUGCGGAUAUAACAAGCGCUUGUCUUACAAACCUACAAAGAGUUGUGCAAUGCCACCAUGGCACCAUUAAGGAGAGAUCAAAAGGUGUCCGUUCUGCCAUCUUACUUAUCGGAAAAGCAGAGAAUAUUCUGGAAAUUCUUCAUUCACAGCCACUUCCAAGUUCAGCACCAGAUCAAUUGGCGAAAAUUGAUCAUUGGUGUACAAUUAGCAAAGGAGACUACCUCUCCUGCGGUAGUAGUUUAACCUCAAAUUGUACUCCAACUUCCCAAAGUUCAUUUGACUUGUAUCUAGCAGUGGACUGAGAAGUAAAUGCCUGACAUCUUGUUUGGAUGGUUGUUACAUAUUGUUUCAUAUUGUAUUGCAUUAUAUUGUA